GAACGGCUCUGGAUUGUAGGACAAUGACCAUUUCCAGAGUUAGCAUAUCAAAAAAAAAAAAAGUCGAUUUUGCGCUAAUCAUUUUGGUUUUGCGUUUACGAGUAUUGCGGCUAAAUGUAAAAAAAUAAGGUUUUCAGCCGACUUCAGUUUUCUUGCCGAUAUCAAUUACAAUUCAUAACGGUAAUAGCAACAAACCAUUGUAUUAAGGUAUGAUGGGCUUGAUCAGAACAAAUUUGAAAUGACCCUAAUGUAAUUAUUCUUGAUCUUGCCCUUUCUAACGUAGGAAUUAUUCAAAGUUAGGAUGGACCAUUCUGUCUCACAAUCAAGUACUACCAGCGGUGGUAGUGGUAGUUCAGACAUUCAAGCUAUACCAUAUCACGGUGAGCCAAAAGGGGAUGAAAAUUUAACUCAUCAAAAGAUAACACCUGCUUUUAUCAAUGCUUAUUAUGCCAAGGAUGAAAAAACUUCAACUGAUUAUUUUAAAGAAGAAUCAAAACCAAAAGAAACACUUUGGAGAAAAGCAUUAGCCAUCAUAUGGCCAAAUUAUGUCUUAGAUCAUUUAGAUUAUGCUUCUUUUAAAACGGUGGUAAGAACUUGGUUUCAAGUAUGGGUAGGUGCACUUCUCUGUGUGAUUCCUCUUACUAGUCAUUGGCUUGGUAAUGCUGCUUAUCUUAUUCAUAUUAUGGGAUUCAUUGCUGCUGCGGGUGGAUCACUGAUUAUAUUAAAUAUUAUGAUUUCAUUCAUUUGUUUCUUUUAUUGUAUGGUUGGUUGGCUUCAUGGAAUUAUAGCUAUGAAGAUUGGAAACAUACUUCGUGAUUCGAUAACAUCUGAACAACUUACUGAAUCCUUAAUAAAUGAAGGUCUAUGUACUCUUGAGAAUAUUGAACAAUGUUUAGCAGAUCAAGUAUUCACAGGUCGGUAUAUUACAACUAAAGUUUCAGCAAUUUAUUGCUUAGCCCUUAUUUCAGGUAUGACUGUGAUGGGAUUGAGUCAGAAAUUUCAUCCUGUGAUUAGAUUAGGAUUCAUCACUGGGGUUAUUACGCUUGUUAUAAAUUGUUGUUAUGGAGUUUUCUUCCCUAUAUUUGAUCCGAAAGUACUUGGAUUGGUAGUUGUUAAACCUAUGGGAGUAUCAUUUGCUUUAAAAAUAGUUACGGCAAUGGUAGUUUAUCCUACCACUUCUAGUUAUUUGUAUUUUGGAGGUUCAACUAAGAUUUUAAAAGCUUUGAAAACAUCUUCAGAAAAUCAUAUUCGGUUAUUUAAAUCGUUGAAACCUUCAGUCGAUAAUUUUUCCAAUUAUAAGAACUAUUCAACAGAUGUUACUGGACUUCGAGGUAAAAUUGGAUUAUUAGAGAUAUUAGCCGCCACUUCCAAAUUUGAAAUUUCAUAUGGAAGAUUUGAUAUUGGAGAUAUUGGAGAAUUUCGGUCACUUUCAAAGAAUUUAAUUAGUCUUUCUUCGGGAUAUAGUUAUUUUUAUCAAAUGUUGGAUGAAAGAAGGGAUUUCGCUUUAAAUAUUUUUAGUAAUUUAGCCAGAAGGAAUAGUGCCACAUCAAUUCAUCAACCAUCAUCAACAACUGGCAAUCAACGGUUCUUGGCGGUUUCCUUACAUGAUUCGUAUAAAGCUGUGGGUGAAUAUGAACAUAAGAAGAGAAUCAAUGUUUUACGGAAGAGAGUGAAAAAUAUUGAUGUCGAUGAAAGAAUCCGUUUAGAAGAUCUUGAUAAUAUUUCUGAUACUAUUAAAGAUCAAUUUUUAUCCAUACUUGAAGCAUCGGAUAUGGGUCUUGGAAUAAUCACAUCGUGGUUAGCAGCUGCUAAUGAUUUCCGAAUUUAUUCAUUAUUCAUUCCAGGUCAAUAUAAAGCUAAACAACAAAAACAACGAGAAUUACAUGAUCAACUUUUGGUUGCGAAAUCUAAAAUUCAACAUGAACUUGAUAAUAUCAUUGAUAUUGAAAAUUUCGAACAACGGAUUAAAUCAAAAACCAGGAAUGAAGAAACUUUAUUAUGUCUUUUGAAUCAAACUUGUCUUUUCAUUCAUCUUGUUAAAGGUCAAUGUAAACAAUUACUUAAAAUCAUGGACUUAUUCUUAUCCAUAGAUGAAACUCGACCAGUACCAACUUUAAUCACCUGGUUUACCAAAUCAAAAAGAGAAGCUCCCGAUCAUAUCAUGACAUCUCAAACUGAUAUUACCGAAACUCCAACUUAUCUAUCAAGUGAAAUUCAAGAACGUGAUCCUGAUACAUUACCACCAUCAAAUUUAAUUCAAGCCAUUGGAACUUAUUUUGUUAAACUCUAUAAAAUACUCUCUAAUGAUCAUCUUUGGUUUUGGAUAAGAUCAGGUGGCUUGGUAUGUAUUGGUGCAUCACCAUAUUUUGUCCGUACUACUGCUCAUUGGUAUUACUCCAAUCGAUUAAUUUGGUUAGUUAUUAUGAUUGGUGUUUCAACAUCUGAAUCAGUAGGGGAAACUUUAUAUGUAUUCUGGGCCAAAUUAUUCUAUUCAUUCUUUGGAUGUUUAUUAGGAAUGGUAGGAUGGUAUAUUUCAGCCGGGAAAGGUAACGGUAAUUAUUAUGGAUUUUUAGUGGUAUGUGCUGUUUUAUUUUUAUAUUUAUCAUAUUAUAGACACUUUUCAGUUCAUUUAAGUUUAGUACCUGCUAUUCUUUUUGGAGUUACCACAUCUUUAGUGUUGGGUACGAGUUGGGUUGAUGGACAAUAUAAUAAAUUAGCUAAUGUAGGAGAAGGAUUCCGAGUUGCAUAUUUAAGAUUCAUUAGUGUGGUGAUUGGACUUUCAAUUGGAUUUUUUGCAUGUCUUGUUCCAAAACCAUUAACAAGCAAACAUGAAUUAAGACAUCUUGUAUCAGGUUUAAUCCAUCAAACCGGAAAUAUUCAUUGUGAUGUAUCUAAAUUUGCCUUAUUAAGAUUACAAAAUCCAAAUCAUCAUGUAUUACGAAGACAUGAUCUUGUCAUUGAAAGAUUUAGAUAUGUGUUAUUGAAAUUAGCUAAAAUAUCUCCCUUAAUGGUUCCAUUACAUCAUGAAAUCCCCUUAACUGGGUAUUGGCCCGAAAAGAAAUAUAAAAGAUUACAAGUGUUAUUAAUUGAUAUUACACAAUUAUAUUUCCUUUUAUUACAGAUAUUUGAUCAACUUGAAGAUCCUCAAAUUUGGAUUCCAAAAAUAAUCCGAAAAGUAGGAUGGAUAGAUUCAUCAUUGGUGGCGGAUACAUUUAGUAUAGUUCAUAUGGCUUCCGAUGCCAUUAAGAAUAGUAAUUCAUUACCUCGUAUAACUGAAGCUAAUUUAUCUUUAAAACAUGCUGAUUUAUUAAUGAAACAAUGGGGGAUAAACAAAUUAUCAUUAAAUGAAAGAUAUUAUCAAGAUGAUAAACAACUUGAUUCUGUAGAAGAUCAACAAUUACAAGAUUCAAUUAUGGGAAAUAUCGAUUAUGAAGCUUUCUUUUCAAAUGAUGGUCAAUCCAAUGUGGUAGCGUUGUUAUAUGCCCAUAUGAUUUAUAAACGAUUUGAUGAAUUAAUGAUCAUAGUUAAGGGUUUAGUAGGUGAGAAGUAUGAUUAUGAUUCUCAAUUAUUUGAGGAAGAUGAGUAUGAUGUGUUAAUUGGUGAAUGAUCAAUGAAUAUACAGAUGUGGUUAGAUCUUUUUAUUAUUAAUUAGUGUUUUAUAUUUAUUUAUUUAUUUAUUCUUU